GCACCCGGGGCAGCUGUGCCACUGGGGCUGUUCAGUGGCUAUGGCUAAACGCUGCCCACCCUACAGGGAUGCCAGCCCAGGGAGGGAAGGGGUGCAGAGCGCUGCGGGACGGAGGGGACAGCGGCUGGCACAGCACCGCAGGCUGCAGAGGGGCAGGCUGUGGGGGCAGCCUGCAGUGAGGAGUUUGACCCACAGUGCCUGCAGGGUGCUUUGGGGGGCCUGGGAGCCCCCAGCCCCAAAGGGCGCUGACCUGGUGCACACCAGCCCCUUGGAGCCCUGUGGCCCCAGCACAGCACCAGCCCUGACCCUGGGUGGGGGCACAAGGCCAUCAGCCCUGCCCACUGCUCACCACCGUGCAAACGCCAUGAAAAAGUCCCCUCGCUCUGCCCCAAUUGCUUCCUGAAACAGUGCUGAGUGAGCUGGAGCCCUGCAUGCUGCUCUCCCCAUCCUCUGGGCAUAUAUCACUGCAGCACAGGGCACUGGACCAGCAUGGGACCCUCUCCUCCCUCUGUGCAGCCCCGAGCUCUGCAGCACAGUGCCAUGGGUACUGCCAACCCAGGUGACAGCCAGGGGCUGCUUGAAUCCACAGGCUCAAGGUGGCCCCAGAUACUCUGGGACAGGAGCACUUUCCCACCCUGCGUGACUGCCAGCUGCACUAACGAGGCUCUGGGAGUGCAGCCACAAGGCUCCUGCUAACUGCUUCGAUGACAGCGCGCGGCGGCUGGGGGAUGGCCAGCGCUGGUCUGGCCCCACUCUGCAAGCAGCAGUCCUGUGCACUGGGUUGGCACCAGGGCUGGCAUUGCUCCUGGGAGUGGUCAUUGUAGCCGGGGGCCUCCGGUCACCUCAGGAGUACCUGAGAUGCACUCACCCCUUUCCUUGCUCCCUGCAGAUGGUGUGGGAAGGGCAGAGGGCACCGUGCCAGCAGAGCCCGCUGACUCCGAUGGAAUGGACCCCGGAGCCAUCAGCCUGCACCCCGUGGCGUCCAUCAGUGACCUGCACUGGGCCUCCGCUGGGCACAAGGGCACAGAAGGGAAUGGCCCGACUCCAUCCAGUGCCCGGCUGCACCGAGCGCCCCGCGGUCCCCCGCACCUGCCCACGCUGCGCCCCGUGCCGCCUCCAACCACGUGCCCCUGCCCCGGGCACUCCUUCUUCCUCGCUCUGCUGGGCUUCCUGGCGCUGGCCAGCCUGGUCCUGGCCACGCUGGCCAUCUACCUGAGCGUGCUGCAGAGCCAGUCGGUGCAGGCGCUGGCCCAGUGGCUGGAGAGCCAGGAGGACGCCAUGCGCCAGCUGCGGGCGGCCAGCGGGCAGCUCUGGGCUCACCUCAAUGCCAGCGCCCAGCGCCGCUGAGCCGCCCCACGGAGCAGCCCCACACGGAUCGCCCCAUCCCCGGGACGCACGGGGGCAACCCUGGCCUCGCCACGCUGCUGAAGAAAGGGAAGGGCUGCGAGGAUGGGCACCUGCCCCAGCAGGAGGCACCCUCCCAUCACUGUAUCAUUACCUCCUGCCGUUGAGGCUUAGGAAGUCGCCAACACAACCACGUUCCCAAGUGCCUGCCGCUGCUCCCCCAGCGCACGGCGGUGCCAGGAUGGCCCUGGGAGGCACAGAGCACCGAGGUCGGCCCCGUGGACUGUGCCACGUUUGGGCAGCCAGGGGCCAUAGCAGACAGCUGGCAUGGCACAGAGCGCGACGGCAGCCUCUGCCUCUCCUGUUACCCUAUUUUUGGUUAAAAAAAUAAAAACAAGGGAGCAGCCCCCAGUGGGGCAGCCCCAGGCAUUAAAUA